AUGGCCAACAUAAUCUGGCUCGCCCUCGUCCUCGUGGCGCUGAGUAUCCACGUGCAAGCCAAAGACGUCUUUGCGCACUUCAUCCUCGCCAACGCCGAGAACUUCACCCAGACCCACUGGACGCGCGACAUCAGCGCCGCCAAAGCAGCCCAAAUCGACGCCUUUGCCCUGAACACCGGCUAUGGCGCCGCCAACACCGACCAACUGCUCACAGACGCCUUGACCGUCGCGGCAGCACACGACUUCAAACUCUUCCUGUCCCUCGACUACUCUGGCGACGGGCACUGGCCACCAGACCAAGUCCUGAAAGUCCUGCAAGGCUACGCCAACCACUCAGCCUACUACCGAGUCGACAACAAGCACCCGCUGGUUUCCACCUUCGAGGGCUACGAAGCCCUGUCCGACUGGUCCACCAUCAAAGAGAAACUCCCUGAUAUCUAUUUCAUGCCCGAAUGGUCUGUACGAACCCCCCAGGAACUAGCCAGCGAAGAUGUCGUGGACGGGUUACUCUCCUGGAGCGCCUGGCCGUACGGGACCACGCCGAUGAACACGUCCACAGACGAGCAGUACAUCUCCGCCCUGAAAGCCAAGGACAAACCGUACAUCAUGCCCGUCAGUCCAUGGUUCUACACCGACAUGGUACGGUACCACAAGAACUGGGUAUGGCAGGGCGAUGGGCUGUGGCAUACGCGGUGGAAGCAGGUGCUCGACCUGCAGCCGCAGUUCGUCGAGAUCCUUACGUGGAACGACUUCGGCGAGUCGCAUUACAUCGGGCCCUUGCAUGAGAACGAGCUAGGGAUAUUUUCUUUCGGACAGGCGCCGUUCAACUACGCAUCGGGAAUGGUGCAUGAUGCGUGGAGGGAGUUUCUUCCGUAUGUGGUGGGUGAAUACAAGAAUGGAAGUGGGAAGGGGGUGAUUGAUAAGGAAGGGGUGGUGGUUUGGUAUAGGGUUACGCCGGCGUGGGCAUGUAAAGCGGGCUUGACUACGGGGAAUUCGGUCACGCAGGGCCAGCAGACGAUGCCGCCGGGGCAGGUGCUGAAGGAUGAAGUAUUCUUUCAGGCGUUGUUGGAGGAUACUGCGGAUGUGGAGGUGAGUAUUGGUGGUGGGGAAAAUAAGUCCGUGGGUUGGACGGAUACGCCUAGUGGUGGGAGUAGUGGUGGUGGGAGGGGAUUGUAUUUUGGGAGUGUGCCGAUGGAUAAUCGCACGGGUGAGGUGGUGGUUACGUUGAGUAGGGAUGGGAAGUUCGUGGCGCAGAUGAUUGGAGAGAAGAUUACGACGCAGUGUCCGGAUAAGUUGACGAACUGGAAUGCGUGGGUGGGCACGGCCAUGUCGAAUGUGUCGAAUGCUAGUACGUCGCGUGCCUCGUUGUCGGAGGAGAAUAGUGCGGCCAGUGUGAGGGUUGGAGGAGGACGUGGGAUGGAGAUGUGGAUGGGGGUACUGUGGAUGAUCGUGGUGGUAGGUAUAAGUGGAGUUUUGCUUUAG